CAUCUAUCAGAUGAAUCUUGUAGAUGUAAGGUCAACGAGAGUUUUGUUGAUAAUUUUUGUUUUUUUAUUGAUUGUUUCGUUUUCCGACUCCUUUUGAGAUGGGUGCUGAAUUUUCAAAGGAUGCUUUCGAUUUCUCCCUUCCUCACCACCGUGGCUAUCCAGAUGCCAAAAAAGACUCUAAAUAUGACCCUUUAUAUGGAUUUCCUAGAGGUAGAAAAGUGCGACAAUCUUUAGCCACAGAAGCUGAAAUGGAAUCUGCUGGUUUGCCCGAUGAAAAAAGAGAUUAUUGUGCUCAUUGGGUAAUCAAAUAUGAUGCCUGUGUUCGAGAUAAUUUACCUUUCCUCCGAACUUGUAGCUACUAUAAAGAAGGCUGGCGUGAUUGUCAAUACAAUGAUAUGGUUCUUAGAAUGAAGGAAUAUGAAAGAGAAAGACGGUUGGACGCCAGACAGGCUAGAAUAAAAGCAGCAUUAGCAGCCGAACAAAAAGGCGAGAUUACUGCAUAGAUGUUUUUGAUCGAUUCUUUCGAUAUUUAAUGCAAUUAUAUAGUUUGUAAAAUAAUAGUCGAAAUAUGAUCAUCUGGAUUGGUAUAAUAUUAUAAAUGUUAACUUUAAUCGCUGAUACAUCCGGUUUGAUAUAAAAUUUUAAUGAAAUUCUUGUUUGAAAA